AUGGAGCCGUUCGUAAUAACUGCGUCGGAAUGCGAUUGCAACUCUGCGCACAGUUCUCGCGUAUCUAAGGAUGGUUACGCCUUAUCAGAUGAGCUAUCAAAUGAGACUAUGUUCCUUACUCAGGUCAAGUAUAUCUUCGAAGGCGAGGAAGAUCAUAUUGAUGACAACACAAUGCAGGAGAUAAACACCGACAUCGUAAAUGUCGUCAUUGUGGAAUUGGAUGAGACGCUAGAAAUUAAAAAUGUUGAGCUGAUCAGCGAUGAAUAUCAACUGCUGGGGUUCUCCAAUGAUGCUGAUAACGACCUGAAUCUAACGAUAUUGUCGGAGUUCCCAGCGGACGUGUCACCAGGAACCAGAGACCUUGGAAAAUUGGUCACCAGAUAUCAGCAUCAGAACAAACACCUCAAGCAUAUGCUACAGGAGUUAUGA